UCUUCCCUCCCCACAAAACCACAGCCACGAGUUCUUCGUUUUUCCUUCAUUUCCCCGCUUCCCCGCCAAGGUUUUUAAAAACGGAAGGUUUAAAAAAGGCUCACUGGCUUUAGUCUGUUUCCCGUCGAAAUUACACUUACUGUUUAUCCCCAGAAGCCAUUCAAUAUGUCGAACCCUGAAAAGAAACAACCCAACAACUACGAGUCCAUUUCCAACGACUCGCCUCCCGCUUACGCAGGCCCGCAUCAGCCGUCCUCGUCAGCAGCCACGUUCACUACACCUCUCUACCCGCAGCCUGGUGGUCCAAAUUAUAAUGUCUAUCCCGGUACGGCUGGAGGAACCCCCUAUCCGCAGGCGCCAGCCGACUAUUAUACAGCCCACCCUCAAGCUGACGUCUAUGUAGUGAGAACAAACACGCCCAUUGGAGUGAACGUUGUGGAUGGGUUUGUAAUGGUAGAUGCACGGGAGCCGUUGAGAAUGCACUGUCCGUUUUGCAAUACGGAUGUCGUUACAAAAGUGACCCAUGCUCCCGGACUCUUGGCUUAUUGCACGUCGCUUAUGCUUUGUCUUGUUUGCUGGCCAUGCUUUUGCCUUCCCUUCUGCUCUGGCACAUGUCAGGACAAGAUUCACCGCUGUCCUCGCUGCAGGAGCACUUUGGCUGUCGUUCCCGCAUAAUUCAAAGUCGCGGCAGAAUAUGGCAGCGAUUAGACCCCAAUGUAUAAAUACGACUGCAUGUAUAAAUUUUGGUGGGCGGGGGUUUCCCAGACAUCUAAGUUGUAAAUGAUAUUGAACAGGUUACGCAUCAAUAGUGCUGAAUGUUAGUCGCAAGAUCCGUCU